AUGGCAAACGACGAGAUAGAUCUGCCGCAGCGUGCGGUAGCAGGGCUCUCCGGUCGCCAGCGGGCCCAGCGCCGUUGGGUCACGGUAGAACCUACUGUAUCACUGUUUACAUUUGGUUACGUUAGCAUAAGUAUAAUCCAACCGUUCUACCUGCAACGCCGUCUAGCCGAGUCAUUGCACAACAUUACCGGGGGUGAUGAAAACUCUGGAUGCACAGGCAAUGAAACGGAUGACGACACUCAAGCAAUUCAAGAUGACAUCCAGUCUCAGACUUCCCUUUGGAUGUUCUACUUGUUCAUGUCUGCAAGCAUACCGCUCAUGAUAAGCUCGGUCGUUCUGGGCACCUUAAGCGAUGAGUUAGGUAGGAAGAUAUGCUUGGUUAUGCCGAUCGUGGGUUACAUUAUUCAGGAGGUUGUCUAUCUGGCAACUAUGCACUUCAAACUCCCUCUUCCAGUUCUCUUCGUAGGAUCCAUCUUGCAAGGAAUGAGUGGUGGCUUUGGGUUGUUUUAUGCUGGUUGCGCCUCAUACAUCGUCGACAUCACGUCAGAGAAGAAUAGAACACUUCGUUUAGCGGUCAUUGAGAUGGUGUUCUCAUUAUUCGGUGGGUUUGUCCAAGUCGGUAUUGGUUUCAUGGUAGAUUAUGUCAGUAUCUUAGCACCAUUUUUCUUGGCUCUAGGAGCCAAUAUCCUGUGCUUGUUGUAUAUUGCCAUUCCAGGUUUUCUGUUUGAAACUGUGGAUCCAGAAAACAUUGCAGAAGAUCGUAAAGGGUUGAAGGAAGCUGGUAGGAGCGUGGUGAAGCUUUUCAAGUUCAACGAGAACGGCCGUCGAUGGCAGAUGCUUCUUCUAAACGCCUUCAUGUUUUUCAUAAAUUUGAACAUCGUUGGAACUUCAGCUAUCUUUAUCUUGUAUGGGGCGGCUUCACCUUUCUGUUGGGACGCCAUCAGUGCGAGUAUUGCCUCAGCGUUUAGGUACAUUACUGUUUCUGUUGGAAUGGUGGGUGGAACCAAACUCUUUGAGUUGUGCAUGGGUGACCACUGGAUUAUGCAAGUCAGUUGUCUGAGCCUUUUAGCCUUCAAUGUUGUCAUGGGAGUGUCGCAAACAACCUGGAUGAUCUAUCUAGCCAGCAUUCUGGGCGCUUUCGAACUGAUGUCCGUUCCAAUAGCACGAACACUCUUAUCCCAAAUAGUGGAGUCAACGGAAAUAGGUGCGGCUUUUUCCUUAGUAGGAUGCCUAGACAAUUUGGCAGGGUUUAUAGCCGGUAUUAUGGGCACCGGUAUCUAUUCAGCUACCGUCAAGUCUGUACCCCCGGCUGUCUUUUACGUCUUCGCUGGUUUGUGCGUCUUCCCUGUUGGAAUCGUUGUGGUGCUGCAACUGUUCUGGCCAAGAAACAAAAACGACGAAGUGUCUGAGGAGGAGCAUGAAGAAUGCAAAGGAAGCGAUAUGGGUGGCCAUACCAACGAAGGUAUCGACGAAUCUGAUACGAUUUGA